AUGAAACCUAAGAACUCAAGUUCCCAAUUAAAAGCACUUGUUGUAGAUGAUGAUAGAGUCACACGAAUGACUCAUGAAGCGCUGUUGAAAAAAGUAGGGGUGGAAAGUCUUGCUUCAGUGGAAAAUGGCAAAAAAGCUGUGGACCUUCAUUGCAAUGGUCAGAGUUUUGACCUAAUUCUCAUGGACAAAGACAUGCCUGUCAUGAAUGGAGUUGAGGCAACCAAACAACUUCGUUCAAUGGGCAUUCGUGACAUGAUUGUUGGUGUGUCGUCAUCACGCGGUGCAGAGAAUGUGCAACAAUUCAUGGAUGCAGGACUAGAUCACUUCUACACUAAACCCUUGACCGUUGAUAUGCUUAAAGCAAUUAUUGAUAAGAUCUAG